GGAACCACAACAAAUCCGAUACCACCUUCAACCUCACCACGAAUUUUACGAAUAUCGCCUUUCGAACCCUUUGACUCAAGGGAAUCAUCUGUACUUUGCGUGCCAUUUUCCAGAAUUCAUCCUUCUCCUAACUCACACGACAAAGCUCAACACACGCAGCUAGGAUGGCGAAGGAUGGCGAACCUCCAAAGUCUGUUGACAAGGGCAAGGGAAAGGCCGUAGAUGGCGAAUCUAGCAAAGCUGAGGAGGUCAAGAAGGAUAAGGACGGGAAGCCGCUCGUAAAUGGGAAGACUGAUAAGCCUACUAUUGGAGCGCCUGAAGAGCUCAGUGAGGAGGACCAACAGCUCAAGAGUGAGCUGGAUAUGCUGGUCGAGCGAUUGACGGAAUCAGAUACAACACUUUACAAGUCUGCUUUGGAGGCUAUUAAGGACUCUAUCAAAACAUCCACAUCUUCUAUGACCGCUGUUCCGAAACCCCUCAAGUUCCUGCGACCACAUUACGAGCCGAUGAUAAAGUUGUACGAACAAUGGCCUGCGGGAGAUGAUAGGACUUCGUUGGCGGAUGUACUGUCAGUGAUUGGCAUGACAUUUUCGGACGAAGACAGACAAGAUACCCUCAAAUACCGCCUGCUCGCGCCAACAUCGGACAUUGGAUCUUGGGGCCACGAAUACACGCGGCAUCUCGCCCUGGAGAUUGGAGAGGUGUACACCAAGCGAUUAACAGCAGACGAGCCAUACAAGGAUCUUAUUGAUCUUGCAUUAGUUCUUGUCCCUCUGUUCCUCAAGAGCAAUGCCGAAGCUGACGCUGUGGACCUGAUGAGCGAGCUCGAAAUUAUCGAGGAUAUCCCCAAGUUUCUCGACAAAGAUACAUACCCACGAGUGUGCUUGUACAUGGUUAGCAUGGUCAGUCUGUUGACUUACCCAGAGGAUCAACAAUUUCUCCGAACCGCGCACGACAUCUACAAGCAUUAUGGCCAGCUUACGCAGGCUAUCGUACUCGCUAUCCGCCUCAAUGACGUUACGCUCAUUCAGGAGGAUUUCGACUCGACAAAGGAUGUGGCGCUGAAGAAGCAGAUGGCUUUCCUGAUCGCCAGACAACAUAUCGUUUUGGAUCUGCCAACGGACACGGAUGACGAGAGGGAAAUAGUCGAGUGCUUAAACAGCACCAAGAUGCCUGAGCAUUUCAAGGCUCUGGCAAAGGAGCUGAACAUUCUCGACCCGAAGACGACUGAGGAUAUUUACAAGAGCCAUCUUGAGAGCAACCGCGUGGCUGGGCUUACGAACUUGGAUUCCGCAAGACACAACUUGGCUGCAGCAUUUGUCAACGCUUUUGUCAACGCUGGAUUCGGCAACGAUAAAAUGAUGAUGGUUGAGGAGGAGAAGUCCGCUUGGGUUUGGAAGACAAAGGAGGAGGGUAUGAUGUCCACAGUUGCUUCUCUGGGAACGCUGCUUCUAUGGGAUGUUGAAGGUGGUCUGGACAAGAUCGACAAGUACACUUAUGCCGACGAGGACCAAAUUCUUGCUGGUGCCAUGUUGGCUAUUGGUAUCAUGAACACUGGUGUCAGAAUGGAUUCUGACCCCGCCCUGGCACUCUUGAGCGACGAGGAUAGAAUCAACCACAAGAGUACCGCGGUCCGGGUGGCAUCGAUCAUGGGUCUUGGACUUGCAUAUGCUGGCUCGAACCGAGCUGACCUCCUCGAAAUUUUGAUCCCUAUUGUUGUAGACACUUCGCUGGACAUGCAGAUCUCGGCAAUGGCGGCGCUAUCGCUGGGUAUGGUCUUUGUAGGUUCCUCGAACAGUGAUGUCAGCGAGGCGAUUAUUCAGACAUUCCUUGACGAUGACCGAAAAUCACAGCUUAAGGAUAAGUGGACUCGUUUCAUGGCUCUGGGUCUUGGUCUACUGUUCUUUGGUCGCCAAGAAGAGGUUGAGGUUAUUUUGGAGACACUGAAGGCUAUCGAUCAUCCAAUGUCAAAGCCAACUUCGGUACUUGCUGAAAUCUGUGCUUGGGCUGGAACUGGAACUGUUCUGAAGCUCCAGGAGCUUCUUCACAUCUGUAACGACCAUAUCGAGGAGAGUGACGAGAAGAAGGGUGACGAGUUGCUACAAGCAUACGCCGUCAUUGGUCUUGGUUUGGUAGCUAUGGGUGAAGAUGUUGGUCAAGAAAUGGUCCUCCGUCAAUUUGGGCAUCUAAUGCAUUACGGCGAAGCCAAUAUCCGCAAGGCUGUACCCUUGGCGAUGGGUCUUCUAAGCCCCAGCAAUCCGCAGAUGAAGGUCUAUGAUACUUUGUCGAGGUACAGUCACGACAAUGACAACGACGUUGCUAUCAACGCCAUCUUUGCCAUGGGUCUUCUCGGUGCUGGAACCAACAACGCCAGAUUAGCCCAACUCCUGCGACAACUAGCUAGCUAUUACCACCGCGACCAAGAAUCUCUCUUCAUGGUCAGAAUCGCCCAAGGUCUUCUGCAUAUGGGUAAGGGUACGCUUUCUAUCAGUCCAUUCCACACAGACCGACAAGUCCUCUCUCGAGUCUCUGCUGCUGGUCUCCUAGCAGUUCUGGUCGCCAUGAUCGACGCCAAGCAGUUCGUGACCGACAAGUCACACUACCUACUCUACUAUCUCGUCACAGCCAUGCAUCCCCGCUUCCUAGUCACUCUGGACGAAGACCUCAAGCCGCUCACAGUCAAUGUCCGUGUUGGUCAGGCUGUCGAUGUUGUUGGACAGGCGGGUCGACCAAAGACUAUCACCGGAUGGCAGACACAGAGUACGCCGGUACUGUUGGCGUAUGGUGAGCGUGCAGAGUUGGAGGAUGAGCAGUAUAUUCCGUUGACAAGUAAUCUCGAGGGCUUGGUCAUUCUGAGAAAGGUAGGCUUAUCCACUGAACCCAAGACUUGAUGGCAAUAUGAAAAUGGUUGAGUUGGAAAUUUACUGACAAGAAACAGAACCCCGAAUGGGAAGAUGGUAAGAGCUAAAUGAAUCGGAGCAUAGGUAUGGAUUGGAAUGAACGGACCGAUGGAUGAAUGAACUUAUACUGUAUAAUAGCGGCGUAGACCUUUGACUGAUCUGGAGAGGUUCAGGAACGUCAUCGAUUAGUCACAUUCAAUCAAAACGAUAGAGAUG